GGAUCGGAAGAGGAAACGGGUUUAAUUUAAGGCAGGGCUUAUGUUAUCUUAAGCUUUCAGACUAUUUCAUUACACGGCUCUUAGUCAGACUUUUCUGGAAGAAAAUAAACUAAUCAGAGUUUCUCAGGCGCCUACUUCAGGCAGCAUCAUGUUCUCCUUUCUCCAAGACUCGUAGAUCAGCUAAUUCUCCGAUCGAUGUAAAUGCUCCCGAUGAGCGUUGCGGCACGAUGCUGCAGGAAGGGACAGAAGCGUACCCGAUGUCGGCGGGAGGGGAGGAGGCUUUCGCUGCAGCAGACUCUGCAGCGUUUUCCUCCACGGUGAAUAUCAGGUUUUCCUUUAAUGCCGUCCGCCAGGCAGGAGGCGACGCCCACGAUCAGCCGUUUAGUUGAUGCAGGGAGGCUGCGAGGCCCAGCGCAGAAUCCUCUCUUAUCUCUUCCCACAGCGGAAGGGAUCCGACUGUCUCACGCAGUGAAGCGCAGCUCGUCUGUCCGUGAAAUGGAGAGGAGGAACGAAAAUACCAAACAGGAAGUGAAGCCUCUCUCUCUCUCAGCCAGAUGUUUUUUUGGAAUAGAUUUAAUCCGGUGUCUGUGAUAGCGAUCAGUUGUUUUUACAGCUGACGUGAUCUUUAAAAAAAAAUCUCGUUAUAAUAAAUAGGGCAACGGAAGGCAACAGUGGUCGAGAAUAUGUUUUAAAAAAACGACUAAAAACGUCAAGUGAGACCUCGUGGGCGGAGAUGCAGUGUGUGCUGCGUGUGAGACUGCCACCCCUCCUUCACAUGCACUAACCCAUUCAAGCCCACCUCCACCGCCCCAGAAAGUCACCUCCACCAUGGCUCAGCCUGCUCUGUCCCCCCCCCCCCCCGAACCUCCUCCUCUAUCCCGACCUCCUCUCUUGUCAAAGAACUAAUUGAGCCCUGUUGAGCCAUCGCCUCCCUCUCUGUGCCUGAUCCACCCGAAACUAACACAAGUCGGAGUUGUGUUCCACCCGCCCUGCCCCACCCUCCUCCUGUACGUGUACCAUUCACAGUGCGCUCCUAACACCGACGAUCCUUUUUGUUAAAGCUCUUUAACAAAAAGCCGCAUGCUGUUUUGUUCCAACCCCUUCACUUUCUGUUUGUGAAAGUUGAUGUCAAUCUCUUUGUGAUUAUAAAUAUCCUUUUUUUAUUUUUUUUAUUGUUUGGUUUGUAUGUUUGUUUUUUGUUGGUAGAAUGCAGCACUCUGGUGAAUGUUAGACAAUCUUGGAAUAGUUAUAAUCACAACAGAAGAAAAAAUCAAUGCUUAUUAAGACAAAUCUCAUCGUUUAUUUGUGCUUGAGGAUGUCGUGUGCAGUGGUGGGACGGUCUUGCAUUUCACUUCAUGUUUUUGUUUUUUCUGACCCAUACGAGUGAUACAUGACGGUCUCAGACAUGUACAUUUGGCCCCAUUGUUCUGUUGUUCUUGCACUCCUCCUCUUGCCUCUUCGAUGUAUCGUCAGUCGCCUGAUCUCGUCCACGCGCUCGGCGUUUGUACACGUCGUCGUAGUGAUCAUUAAAAGCAAAUCAGGAAAUGAAUACGGGAAAACCACCACCUCACAACUCAGAGGCCUGUAAGGUACGAUUUCUAAUUCACGAACGAUAUCUACGAUGACGUUCAAACCAGAGGCGUACAUCGCUGUCUUUGAAUAAUGAUUUUUAAUCAUGUGCACAUGGUUGGUGACCAGGCCGGCGAUGACGCACCAGAGAUGCUCGAGGUGUCCAAAAACCUGCACAAAAGCCGUUUGUAGCGCAUCGAAUGGGGCUCCAUGCACACCGUGUCUCCCUCUCUUCACCUGCACACCCACACAUCCCCCUCACUUGUGCAUUUUCCGUCCACCCCGGGGCCUUGUAAUGGUAAUCCAAGGCCCACUAGCUCCACUUCUCUCUUCCUCUCGCUCUCUAUUUUUGUUGUUGUGAUAGCUGCAUAUGUUUCAUGGUUUUACGGAAUCACAGCAAGCUUGGAGUUUCUGGUCUUCGUUUUUUUUUUUGUUCAUGCAAGAUUUCCAUACCUCCGUUUUCUGUGUCACUUUUGUGUGCAAAGACCUCGCUCUGUGGUGGUUCGUAUAUGUAUGCGUGUGUGAUGCAUAUAUUGCCACCCUUCCUCCUUCAACUUCUCAAGUUAGUGGAUGUGACUUGAUGUGGCGUGUUAAUCGUCCCCAAGCAAUUUGAUUUGCUUUAAAAGAUAAACGCCUCCCGUUGAAGGAGGUCGUCCAGUAGAUUACAGGCUACACAUCGCCUCAUGUAUACAGUCUCUGUCUCCCGCCCUCUACCCCCCUCACCCGCCCUUACCACUCCUUGUGCUGGUAGACACUGAUGUUACACACUGUAGGUGAUGUGGAUGAUGAUAAUGAUGAUGGUGGUGGUGGUUGUGCUGAUGAUGAUAGUGUGAUUUUUGAGUGUUUUUUUAUUUUUGUUUUUGUUUAUUUGAUCACUACCCAAAAACGGGUGAAUGCUUCUCUUAUUAUUGGAAUAUCUUUGGUUUUUCUCUCCUCUGUUCUCUCUGCUAGGAUAACAUCGGACACCGGCUGCUUCAGAAACAUGGCUGGAAGUUGGGGCAAGGUCUUGGCAAAAGCAUGCAGGUGAUUUGAUCCUGCCCAUGUUGUGCUGAUGGACGCACCGACCCCGUGCCCAUCACCCUCAAAUAUGACGUCAUGGGGAUGGGACGGAUGGAGAUGGAGCUGGACUAUGCAGAGGACGCCACCGAGAAGAGAAGAGUGCUCGAAGUGGAGAAGGAGGACACGGAAGAACUGCGGCAGAAAUACAAGGACCAGAUGGAAAAGGAGGAGGCCAUCGCGAAGGCUCUGGAAGACCUGAGAGCCAAUUUCUACUGUGAGCUCUGUGACAAGCAGUACACCAAGCACCAGGAGUUUGACAACCACAUCAACUCGUACGACCACGCUCACAAGCAGCGGCUCAAAGAGCUCAAGCAGAGGGAGUUUGCUCGUAACGUCUCGUCGCGAACACGCAAAGGUGGGAAGAAGCACGAAAAGAUGCUGCGGCGGUUGCACGAGCUGGCCGAGCAGAGGAAACAACAGGACCGCACUCCAGGGAGCGGGCCCAUGUUCAAACCCACGACGGUGGCCAUCGACGACGAGAUGCCGGAAGACGGCGACCUGACGCCGGAGAACACGGCGUUCACGGACGGCGUCCUGGACGGAGCGUUUGCAGAUAAAAUUGAGGAAAUUUCCCCGAAGCCGGCGCCGACCGUCAGCUUCUCGCUGGGGAAGAACAGCGCCACCUCCCCGACGCCGAGCGCAGCGUCCAAAGUCAGCGUGUCCUUCUCGUUCGCCAAGAAGGCCCCCGUGAAGCUGGAGACGGUCGCGGCGGCGUUCGCGGAUCACGGCGAGGAAGCCGUGGAGGCCGAGGAGAGCCAGCAGGGAGGAGAGAAGGCCGGAGGAGGGCAGGAGGAGACGUCGGGCAGCAGCACAAACAGCCCGAAGGAAGGAUCCGGAGGAGGGGAGGAAGGAGAGGCCGCCGUCGUGGAGGAAGUGGCGCAGCCGCCUGACGACGGAGCCUCUCUAGCCUCCACGCUCAACAAACUGAAGAUGAUGAUGAAGAAAGAGGAAGGCUACGCCGGACAGGAGCCGGAGUACUAUCACUACAUCCCUCCGGCUCACUGCCGGGUGAAGCCUCGCUUCCAGUUUCUGCUGUUCAUGAAGGCCACCGAUCAGUGUUCGACCAAAGAUGAGGAAGACAAGGUGCAGGAGAAGGACGAGGAGGACGACGAAGAGGAGGAGGAAGAGAAGAAGGACGAAGGUAGUCCCGAACAGACGGAGCCCGACGUCAAAGAGUGCGAGACUGAAAAAGAGCAAGAUGAGGUCCCUCCGUCCCCGGAGCCCGAGCCGGCUCCUCCGUCGCCCGCGGUCAAGACGGAGGAGGCGUCUGCGGCGGAGGCGGAAGCGGCUCCCAUCGUUCCCAGUUCCCCGAAACGGAAAGCCGAGAGCGCGCAGGAUCCUCUGGAUUCCAACUCGGGCCCUAAAAUCCCCACCGGGCCCUUCUUCCCGGUGCUGAGUAAAGACGAGAGAACGACCCUGCAGUGGCCCUCCGAGCUCCUGGAGUUCACCAGAGCCCCGCCGUCGCUGUCCUACAGCUGCAACCCGCUCUACUUCGACUUCAAGCUGUCCCGCAACAAAGGGGCGCGCGGCGGCGGGAAGGCGGCGAAGUCCUCGAAGCCCGGGGAGGAAUCCGACGACAAGAGGAGAGAGUCGACGGCCGACGUAGAGAAGACGAGUAAACCGGGCGGCGCCGACAAAGACAAGCCGGCGCCGGCGGGGGGGGAGCCCGGCCAACCGGAAGGAGAGGAGCAGAAGCUGGCGACCGGCGCCAAGAAGAAGAAGAAGAAGAAGAAGAAGCACAAGAAGUCCGCAAAGAGCUCGAAGCGCAAAGGAAAAGACAAGGGAGCGAAAGAGGAGGCGGAGGGCGAGACGGAGGCCACGCAGGAGAAGCCGAAGAAGAAGAAGAAACACAAACGGAAGAAGAGCAAAAACAAGGCUCCGGAUCCAGAGGAGGCGACGGGUGGGGAGAAGGAGAAGGAGAAACCAAAGUCGGAGGAUAAAGCCGUCGCCUCCUCUGUUACGCUGGCACCCGCAGGGGGAGGGGCUACGGGAAAUGCAGGAGCCGAGUCGAGGAAGAGGAAACGCGCCACGAAGGAAGCGCCUUGCAAGUCCGGAGCGGAGGAAGGAGGCGCCGGGAAAGGCGCCGACAAGGCCGCCUCCUCCGAGGAGCGCGGCGGCUCCAAGCGGCAGAAGACGGACUCCGGCGCCCCUCAGAGCGCCUCCUGCUCCACCUCGGCCCAGAAGAGCCCCGGUCCGGGUCGGCCGCCCAGCAGCGAGAGCGAGGAGGAGGGCGGCGCCACCGCCCAGCGCUCGCGGCGCCACAGGUCGAGUCCCCGGGAGCCGCGGCGCCGCCGCAGCGAGGAGUCUCGUCGGUCCUGCAGCCGCUCCUCCAGGCGGGAGGAGCGUCGCGGCAGCAGCCACCGGCGCCGCCGCGGAGGCCACGCCUCCCGCAGCCGCUCGUACUCCAGCAGCUCGGAGCGCUCCUCCUCCGCCUACAGCCGCAGCUACUCGUCCAGCUACAGCGACGACAGCAAGGAGGGGCGGCGGCGGCGCCGGCGCUCCAAGCGCUCGUCGGACUCCGAGUACGAGCGGCGGGGGAGCCGGGGGCGGCGGCGCUCCGGGAGGCGCCGGUCCUCGUCGUCCUCCUCGGAGGAGGAGUCGCGCUCUCGCUCGCGCAGCUACGGCCGCAGGAAGGGGCGCCGGCGGCGGCGCCGCAGCAGCUCCAGGAGCUCGAGCAGCUGGAGCCGCAGCACCAGCGCCCGAUCCUGGAGGCGGAGCUACAGCCGCAGCUCCUCCAGCUCCACCAAGGGCUCCUCUCGCCGGCGGGCCCCGAAGGCCCGGGUGGAUGCGGAGGCGCAGCGCCGAGACUUCAACCGCUCGUGCAUCUACCGCUCCCAGUCGCCGCGCUCGUCUUCGUCGCGGGGCCCGAGCCGCGGCGCCGGCUCGCAGUCGCUGAGGUUCGGGGGCUCGCGGGACGCCGGCGAGCAGAAAAACAGCCUCACCGCACGCCAGCUGCUGGAGAAGGUCCAGUCAAAGAAAAGAUCGGACGAUUCCACCGCGGGAACUAAAUCCGGGAUGAAGAUCAAAGACCCGCCGCAGGGGUACUUCGGCCCCAAGCUGCCGCCGGCCCCCGGGAGCCGAGCCGCGCUGCCGCUGUUCGGGAAGCUGCAGGCCGGCAAGAGGCCGAUGAUCCCGCUCACCAGGCCCGCCGAGGGGGAGCGGUCAGGGGCGGGGAAGUGCGCCGAGCCGGAGGUCAUCCUGGUGGAGGCCAUCCGGGAGUUCCCCCCCCCUCCUCCUCCGCCGGCCCCGCCGGUGCAGAAGGCGGAGGAGGCCCCGGCGAUGGCGGCGGCGGCGCCGGAGGAGGAGACGCCGCGCCCCGCCGCCGAGGCCCAGCCGCUCCCGGAGGCCCAGCCGCCGUUCGACCGGGACCCGUCCGCGAUGGCGCCCCAGUACCGAGACGAAGCGGGUCAGGACCCCGCGAUGGACUCCCUCGUGACGGAGAUGCAGCCGAUGCACGCCUACCCGGCGUACCCGCCGCCCGGCAUGGAGGAGGACGGCCUGGAGGCGGAGGAGGGCGGCCUGGCGCCGCUGGAGAGUCAGCCCAUCACCUUCACGCCGGAGGAGAUGGAGAAGUACAGCAAGCUGCAGCAGGCGGCGCAGCAGCACAUCCAGCAGCAGCUCAUGGCCAAGCAGGUCAAGACGUUUCCCUCGGCCGCCGCCAUGCUGCCGGCUCCGCCUCCCCCCACCAUGCAGCAGAUCCACAUCCAGCAGCCCGCCAUGACCAUGGGCUCCGGCACGUCCCUCACCACCAUGCAGCACGCCAUCCUGCAGCACCACGCCGCCGCCAUGGGACUCCACCCGGGCCACCACCCCCACCCGGCGCACGCCCAGUUGGCCCAGGUGCACCACAUUCCCCAGCACCACCUCACCCCCAUCUCCCUGUCUCCUCUGGGCCACUCCCUAGGCCACUCCCUAGGACACACUCUAGGUCACUCUCUAGGUCACUCCCUGAGCCACUCCCUAGGUCACUCCCUAGGUCACUCUCUGGGUCACUCGCUCGGACACGCCGGGCUGAUUCCCGCCCACCACACGGCCUUCCUCGCCGGUCAGCCUAUCCACAUCAUCCCGGCGUCCGCUCUUCAUCACACGCCCUUAGCGCUCCAUCAUGUUCCUCACGCCCUCUACCCCACACUUUUCGCACAACGUCCCUCGCAGGCCGCGGCGGCGGCCGCUCUCCAGCUCCACCCGCUGCUCCACCCCAUCUUCUCGGGGCAGGACCUCCAGCACCCACCCAACCACGGCUCUUGAGCCGCGACGCAAAGCGAAGGAGUUCUGGUCCCGACCGCCCGGGCGAGUGACCCGCCCCGAAGCGGCUCGGCUCCGGGUUUCAGAGUCCAAGUCUUUGAGCGGCGAGACAGGAAGCCGUGGAUGAACUUCCCCUUCGCCGGCCAGCGCGGCGCAGAAGUCGUAGCCACAAAGUGGCGCCGUCGGGUUAACUCAACGCACAUUAACAUUUUCUUCUGGCUCGUGAGUUUUUUGUUUCUUUUCUUUUUUAUCAUGUGUUGCCCGAAAACGUCUAAACCGGUGGGUCAGAUUUAUGACGCAACGUCCUCGCGGUUUUUUCUGUUCCUGCUUGAGGUUUAAUAAUAACAUCUAUUUAUGUUCCAAUGAUAAAUCGGAGAAGCCACUGGAGUUUCUCUGUGUGUGUUCGGUGUUUCUCAUCUCGGCAGCCAGAAGAAACGGCCGGCGCCGCGAGGCGGUCACGUGACGGGCGGGCGCCUCUGGAAUGAGACGUACUUACAUUUACUGAUAUCGUUUAUGUUUCCAUGACUACUGGCUCCUCCCUCGCUCUCAUAAUGUGUAAUGCAGUAACUUGUACAUAUAUCAGUGUGUAAUGUGAAGAAUCCCACCGAUGAUGAUGACCAGAUGAAAUUCCAGCUGUGGGGUCCAAACUCUGUCUGACAUAAGAACGCCCUCGCUCUGGAUCGGGGGGGGGGGAUGUGAUGCCGGGGGCUCCUGUUCCCCGUGGUGGGGGGUGCACCUGAAUAAAUUGCACUGAAAAUCUGUACAUCGAGAUGGUGCGUUUUGCAUCACAAGAAUGUAGAAUACUGCAAUAAUUGUAUUUUUCUGUUUUUAAAUUAUUUUCCAAAAAUGACGAGCUGUGUUUUUUGCUUUUUGUGUAAUUUUGUAAAUACAACUGCUGUAGAUUAACCGAUUAACAUUCUAGAGGUUUUGGUAUUGGGAAAAAAAAAAAGAAGCGGCAAGCCGAGAUGUGUGGGAGACGGUGGAGUGUACGUAUUUUAUCACGUUUGUUUAUAAAUUCGCCCGCUGAAGAGGGGCUGAGGCGGAGGAUCGGGAUCUGUCCGACAGGAGCAACUCUGUAUUUUCUAAGCACCGUUUCAGCUAAUAAAAUCUUGAGUUCA